AUGGGAGAAACAUGGAAAACAAAAAUAUUAGAUCGGAUUAAACAAAGGAAUAUAAAUCAAAAUGAAAUAUAUGAAAACAUAUUAUUUUCUUAUAAUUUGUUAGUUGAAGAAAAAAACAAAUUGUUGGCAAUUAUUGCAUCAUUUACUUCAGAUAAUAUUUAUAUACGAAAUAAUCAAAAUGUAAACCUUCUAUCAUAUGAACACAAUAAUAUAAUAAAACAUGACAUAAAAUAUCAUAAAACAAGCACAAGUGAUAAUAUGAAUAAAAAUUUCAGUUAUUCUCAUAUUACUAACCUAUUAAAUUUUUCUAAAAAAUAUACAAGUAUUUCUCCAAAUAAUAAAUAUUUGGAUAAUUAUGAAAAUCUAAUUAAUACAGAAAAUUUAUUAGAGGCCGUUAGAGAACGAAGAAAAAACGAAGAAAUUAUUCAUAUCCUCAGAAAUGACUUAAAUGAAAAAGAAAAGCUUUUAAAUCAUUUAACAAAAGAAAAAAAGGCAUUAAAUAAUUGUAUCAUUAAAAAAGACAAAGAACUAUUUAAAAAUAAAAAACAACUAUCAAUACUAGAAAACAUUUUAAAUAGAAAAAAACAAGAAAUUAAAUUAUAUGCAAAUAACAACAAAUCUUUAAAAUAUAAAAUUCAGUUAAAAGAAAGACAAAACAUAAAACUUAUUAGAGAAUAUCAUUAUUUAAAAUAUACAUAUUUCAAAUUACUAAAACAAAUAUAUGAAAUAAAAAAUUAUACAAAAAAUAUGGAUAAAGAAUAUUUCUCAUUAAGAAAUGAGCUACUUAAAAAAAAAAUACAAAAUGAAAAUCUGCUUAAAUAUUUAUCGGCAUCAAAAACACUCUACAAAAAUCAAUUAAAAAAAAUACAAAAAAUGCAAAUGAAAAAUAAAACCAAAAUAAAAUCAAACAAACACACAAAAGAUAAAUUUAUUUUUUUUAAAAAAUAUAAAUUCUAUGUAUUCCUUUAUUUAAACAAAUUGCAUUCUGCAAAAAAUAAAAAGGAUAAUACAAAAAACAAUAAUUUAUUAUGCCAUACUCCAAAGUCUUUUCUUAUAUAUUCAAAUGAUCAUCUUAGCACUACUACUCAAAACAAUUAUAUUGAUGAAGUAAAUCAAAUAUAUGAUGGAACGCCAAGCUUUUUAUAUACAUCAAAAUUUCCUAAUCAUUCUUUUGAAAUGAUGGGAAAACAUAUCAAAAAUAAAUAUUCUACCUCAAAAGAAAAACAAAAUGAAAAAUUCCACAACAAUAAUUUAAAAUUAAACAAUCUUGAAAAGAAAUAUGACAUUCUAUUGCCAAAUGAUAUGGAUUAUAAUAUCGUUGUAAAUCAUUUCAAAAAAAAAUAA